AUGACCGACCCCACGCUUUAUCUCUACACCUCCCUGACUGCGGGAUCCUCUCAUAUCAUCACCGCUACUUCGCGUUUGGAGACCAUUCUCAAAGCCAACAAGAUCCCCUUCCGUGCAAUUGAUGUGGCUACCGAUGAAGCCGCGAGGAAACUCUGGGCACGUCGCUCCAAAGGAAAGAAGUUGCCUGGACUGGUGAAAUACGGGACCGUUGUCGGCGACCUCGAACAAAUUGAAGAAUGGAAUGAAUUCGGCGAGCUGAAGAUGCAAAUCAACGGCGUCGAACCGUUUGACGAUCUUCCCGCCACCGACACUCCUCUCCCUCCCACCCAACCUACCUCGACCUCCGCUUCCACCCCUAAGACCGAAGCCCCAGCCCCCAAGGCAAGCACAAUCAAGAUUCAAGAUCCUCGUGACAAGGAGACUCAGAUGGAUGAUUCCGUCACCAAAGCCCUCCGUCAAGCCGGCGCGGAGGCCGCAGCCAAGGCCAAGGAACCUACCAAGGAACCUACCGCACCAGCACCAGCAGCCGCCGAACCCCAGAUCCCCGCCCCAACCUCCGACGCAGGUCCCAAGGAAGGAAGUGGCCAACAAAGUGUACGUCGCACGUCGGUCGCUCCUGAAAUCGCAGAGUCUGGUUCAAAAAGGCCGCCUUUGGUGCCCGAAUGUGCUGCAGAGUCGUCUGCCAACUUCCAUGCUGAUAACGCUGAAGCUUUAGGGCUGAUCAACCAUCAUCGUAACUCAAACAUCGCUGCUGAGUCAAAGGAGGAGGCCGAGAAGAUGGCCAAGGAGCUGCGGAAGUCUAUUUCUGGGGCCCAUAAUCCUGCUCUGGAGUCUCUGCGCGAGCAAAAAGCGACACUCGCCGCGGAGGCUACGGUCGAAGAUGCCCUAGAGGGGUAG